AUGCUUCUUUCAACUCACGCGUUCCUUCUCAUGUUUGCCCUUUCCACCCGCUGCUGCCCAGUAGGCAUAUUGGGGGACGUGAGAGAAGAGAGCUGGAAGAGCGUGGAGGAGAGAGAGCACGUCAGAUGGGUGGAGGGGGGAGAGGAGGAUAGAGGGGUGGAGGGGGGAGAGGAGGAUAGAGGGAUGGAGGGGGGAGAGGAGGACAGAGGGAUGGAGGGGGGAGAGGAGGACAGAGGGAUGGAAGAGAUGGGGGCACGGGCAGCAGGGAAGAAGAGGACUGGCUGCCCUCAUCAGCCUGGGCGUGAUCAGCAGCCUGCACCGCACCGGAGAUCAGGUGGGACUAUGGUUGAUGGGGGAAGGGGGGGGAUGGGUAAAGCAGACCUACAUGGGAGGGUAAGCAUCAGCCUGGGCGUCAUCCGCAGCCUGGGUCUCAUUAGCAGCCUGGGCGUCAUCCGCAGCCUGGGCGUCAUCCGCAGCCUGGGUGUCAUCCGCAGCCUGGGCAUCAUCCGCAGCCUGGGUGUCAUCCGCAGCCGGGCAUGGGUGCUCUAUCUAUUGCAAUAUCCCUCUCUCCCUCUCCCGCUCCCUCUCUCCCUCUCCCGCUCCCUCUCUCCCUUUCCCGCUCCCUCUCUCCCUCCCCCUCUCCCCCUCUCCUUCCCCCGCUCCCUCUCUCCCUCUCCCGCUCCCUCUCUCCCUCCCUCCCCCUCCCCCCCUCUCCCCCUCCCCUCCGCCCUCUCCCCCUCCCCUUCUACCAGGUGGGAGUGUCUGCGAUUCGUCCAAACCGACCAAGCCAUCAAUCCGUGCUGCACUCCUCCCUCCACUCCCACUCCUCCCUCCACUCCCACUCCUCCCUCCACUCCCACUCCUCCCUCCACUCCCACUCCUCCCUCCACUCCCACUCCUCCCUCCUCUCCCACUCCUCCCUCCACUCCCAUUCCUCCCUCCACUCCCACUCCUCCCUCCACUCCCAUUCCUCCCUCCACUCCCACUCCUCCCUCCACUCCCAUUCCUCCCUCCACUCCCAUUCCUCCCUCCACUCCCAUUCCUCCGUCCACUCCCAUUCCUCCCUCCACUCCCACUCCUCCCUCCACUCCCAUUCCUCCCUCUCCCACUCCUCCCUCUCCCACUCCUCCCUCUCCCACUCCUCCCUCUCCCACUCCUCCCUCCACUCCCACUCCUCCCUCCACUCCCACUCCUCCCUCCACUCCCACUCCUCCCUCCUCUCCCACUCCUCCCUCCACUCCCAUUCCUCCCUCCACUCCCAAUCCUCCCUCCACUCCCAUUCCUCCCUCCACUCCCACUCCUCCCUCCACUCCCAUUCCUCCCUCCACUCCCAUUCCUCCCUCCACUCCCAUUCCUCCCUCCACUCCCAUUCCUCCCUCCACUCCCACUCCUCCCUCCACUCCCAUUCCUACCUCUCCCACUCCUCCCUCUCCCACUCCUCCCUCUCCCACUCCUCCCUCUCCCACUCCUCCCUCCACUCCCAUUCCUCCCUCUUCCACUCCUCCCUCCACUCCCAUUCCUCCCUCUCCCACUCCUCCCUCCCUCUCCCACUCCUCCCUCUCCCAUUCCUCCCUCUCCCACUCCUCCCUCGCCCUCCCCCACUCUCUCUCCCUUCCCCUUAGGUAG